CGGGAUUGGUGGGCCCAGCUUUUCCGGGUAAGAUGGCGGCUGUGAGAGCACUGAGGAGCUGCAACCGGUCAUUGGGCCGUCUGGUCAGUUUUAGACAAGGGAUCCCAUGUAACCGGUUUUUACUAGUAAAGUCAUGCAGGAAGCAGCCUCCGUCUGUGACCCUGCCACCUCUGCAGCUAAGAACCUUCAGAACUGCCUCCGCCUUGAAUGGAAAGAUUGUACAGUUCAAGUUGUCAGACAUCGGAGAGGGAAUCACAGAGGUCACCGUAAAAGACUGGUAUGUGAAAGAAGGUGACACGGUGUCCCAGUUUGACAGUAUCUGUGAGGUUCAAAGUGACAAAGCCUCGGUGACCAUCACCAGUCGCUACGACGGGAUUGUCAGGAAGCUCUAUUACAAUGUAGAUGACACGGCUCUGGUGGGAAAACCUUUGGUGGAUAUUGAAACAGAUGUUAUGAAAGAUGUGGCAUCGGAAGAAGAUGUGGUUGAGACUCCUGCAAUUUCCCAGGAACAUACACAUCAAGAAAUAAAGGGACAUAAGACACUGGCCACUCCUGCCGUCCGGCGCCUCGCAAUGGAGAACAACAUAAAGCUUAGUGAAGUGGUGGGCAGUGGCCGGGAUGGACGUAUCCUAAAAGAAGACAUUCUUAACUUUUUGGCGAAGCAGACAGGUGCCAUAUUACCACCUUCUCCCCAAAUGGAGAUCGUACCACCACCUCCCAAAAAAGAAAUCUCUAAACCAUCUCAGAAGGAAACAGCUCCUACCAUUCCAGUUUCCUUCACCAAACCAAUCACUUUCUCAGGAAAGGAUGUCACAGAGCCCUUGAAAGGCUUCCACAAAGCCAUGGUGAAAACCAUGUCCGCAGCACUAAAAAUCCCCCACUUUGGUUACUGUGAUGAAGUGGAUAUGACAACACUUGUGAGGCUCAGAGAAGAGCUCAAGCCUAUGGCUGAAGCGCGUGGAGUCCGAUUGUCAUUUAUGCCUUUCUUCCUCAAGGCAGCAAGCCUCGGCCUUUUGCAACAUCCAGUACUCAAUGCCUCAGUGGAUGAAAAUUGUCAGAAUAUCACCUAUAAGGCUGCUCAUAACAUUGGGAUUGCUAUGGACACUCAACAGGGGCUCAUUGUCCCUAAUGUGAAGAACGUACAGGUCCGAAGUAUUUUUGAGAUUGCUGCGGAGCUGAACCGCUUACAGAGCUUAGGGGUUUCAGGACAACUGGGGGCUGCAGAGCUGACAGGAGGCACAUUUACUCUCUCCAACAUUGGUUCGAUUGGAGGUACAUACGCAAAGCCUGUUAUUCUGCCCCCAGAAGUGGCCAUUGGAGCCAUUGGAAAACUGCAGGUAGUACCAAGGUUUGACUCCAGAGGGCAGGUGGUGAAAGCCCAAAUCGUCAACAUCAGCUGGUCCGCAGACCAUAGAAUUAUUGAUGGUGCAACAAUGUCCCGAUUUUCUAACCUAUGGAAAUCAUACUUGGAGAAUCCAUCCUCCAUGCUUCUGGAUUUAAAAUGAAAAAUCCUAAAGUAAUGGGAGGGGGCACUUUUUAUCCCACCAUCAACAAGGACAAGGUACUCUUCCCAGUACAGAAAACCUCAACUUGUUUUUCCACCCAGUGGGAACCACCUAAGUCUAAUUGCCUGGUCCCUGCCUUGCGGGCAAGGAUUUUGCAAGCACAACUACAGGUCAGCUGUUCAGGUAUUAUUACAUUUUGGGUUUGGGCGGUUUGACCCAUGUGUGGAUCACUUUAUUGCAUCCUACAGUAGAAGGGUGUUUAAAGGGACGUCUGCUGAAUGGACUUCAUACAAUGCCCAACUGAAAAGCGACAACAUGAUAUUUAUGUCUCCCCUUUUUAGGCUGCUGAGUAGAUCUGUGUUCUUCUGAUAGGGAUCUGGUUAUUGAAGGGUAUAGAGUAAGUGUUGUAAACUACAAGAAACAUGAUCUAAAACGCGCUGGUGCCAAUUCGGACCCUGAAAACGGACAGGGAACUCUGACUGAUCAUCAUAUGACACUGAGGUUAUAGAUCGUCCCUAGACUGUUACACUACAUACAGAUCAAUCUAAAUAGACAAUGAUUGUGCUGAUUAUUCCUGUGUCUGAUAUAAUGUGGGAAAUAUGUACAUUGGUUUUAAAUGGUCAUAAAACGAGACUCGCACUCCAUGUCCUUGCACCGUUCAGGGCUGCAAAUGAAUAAAAAUGGGACUGUUGGAAACUA